ACAUGGAGGUAGACGAAGACGACGAAGUCAUAUUUGAGAACUCUGCCUUGCAUCACCACCUCCAAGAUGUUGGCUGGGUUGACAUGGACAUAUCUGUGGUAGCAUCAAAGAAAUCUGCUGUGUUGAUGGACCACAGAAAUGAAGAAGAUUCUCAGUCUCAGAAGAAUGAGGUCCAAGGAAAAUCUGUCAUUAAACCAAUACUGGUGUCUCUUUGGAUGUGUCUAGAAAAGCUGUUUGCCAUGCCACAUUUUGUGUCAAAGUAUCAUAGUCUGGCUGUAAUAAGAAGCGUCUUGAAGUCUGAAGCAUUGGAGGAGGAAGAUGCUGCCUUCUUGGAAAAUCUUGUAAAAGAAUCAGACAGCCUUACAGUAGUUGAAAAACCAAGGAUACCAGUGAGCACGCUGCGGUUGUCCUCUAUUUUUGCUGCUGGGCUUGCUUAUGGUUACAGCCAUCUUACACAUGGUUUCACCCUGAAUAUUCCACUAAUGACACUGGUUCCACUUGGUGCUGUGGGUAUACUAGCCCUGUUGCUGGAACUUUGGAAUCUUCUGCAGUAUUACAAAUGGAGCAGAGACUGGAGGCAGUUAGAAGAUAUAAUUAAAAACUUAGUGGUCAAAACUGAAGUCUUAGGAACUCUCACAAGGAAAGGAAUUCGACUCAUACAGGAGGUAGAACUGAUAUCACGCGGGUUUACCAUGGCUACUCCCCUGACCCCAGCAGGUAGGCUAGAGUUGACCAGUGGUGACCAGUCCAACAGACAAUGCCCACAGCUGAGAAGUUGUCUCUUCCAUGUGGUUAGAAAGACCAUUAUGAAUCUCAGGGAAGGCACUGGCAAGCUCAUUGAAAAAUCUCCAGUGGAUGAAGAUUUAGACAGUAUAUCUAACUAUGUGGCCUUCAUCCCACUAGAGCAAUAUGGUCCAUGUCUAAGUCUUCCAACCACUGACCAGAAUGGUGAACAGUUACUGCAGCAAGUGACCGAUGGCUACUCCAUUUCCGCUUUAAAGGCCCUGUGUCAUGUAUGUAGCAUACACAUCUCGGAAUACCUAAGAAGAAUUGCCCUCUGUUUUCUGCCGUCAUUUGAAGGCAAAGAAAUAGAACCUCAAAGUUUUGAGAAUGUACUCAGUUGCAUACAACCAGUAGCUGCUACACUUGACAACCAUACACAUGUGUUUAAAAGAAGCUAUGACAUACACAAAUGUUCAUGGAGGGCGAGAUUUGAAGACACAAAGCCAGGACAUAAAGAACGAGAUGGAGGAGUGGGAAAGGGCAUUUAUACAGCAGUUCAUAGUCUGCAACUUCACCUUCAGGCUGCCAUGAAAAGAUUAGAAGCAAUAGAAAAUGAACUGGAAGAGGAUGAAUGUGCAGUCAAGACAGAUAUCAGACUGUACCAUCAGAAGCUGGUAGAAGAGAUGCUGUGUGUACAGAGAGAGCUGACGGCUUGUUCUGGGUGCUGGGAAGAGAGCAUGAAUCGGAUAGACAUGAUGCUGCCCAGGACAGAAGACAAAGUGCCAUUAUCAAAGGAACCUUCAAAAGAACAACCAGUCAGUCCUAAUGUUCCAAUAGAGCCUUUGCUGGAUAUGGACAGCAUUAUCAUUGAAGACCAGGUGUUUGAAGCAUACACUGACCCAAGUGAGGUAGAAGAUGGUGAUUUUGGGCAUGAAUUGUUGUUGUCUGCAGAAGAAAAGGCAAAAAGGAAGCGCGAGAAACAAGAAGCUGUGCGUCUGCUGAAUGAGCUGAAAUCUGUCAUUGGAAUCCGUGCCAAAAAGUGGGAAGAAAGAGAAAGAAAACUUAUGAAAAAGAUCCAUGCAGGCAAAGUUCCAAACAAAGAGGAGGAUGAAUCUGAGGAAACCAAAUCUGAAGUUGCAGUAUGUGCAGGGAGUGAAAAUGAUCUUUCUGGAUCAGAAAAAUCUGCUGCAAUUAAGUCUGAUGAAUUAGAGAAUGGUCUGUCAUGUGACAUUGUUCAAAAAAAUUAUGCUUCAGAUACUAAGCAAACUCAUGCAGAAACAGACAUCAGUUUGGAGGUAGAAUCAGAGACUGAACAAGAAAAAGGAGAAAAUAAUAAAAUAAAUAAUUUGUGCCAAAGGGUAUACAGGCCUGAUAGUACCAGAAAUAAUUCAGAUUUAAGUACAGGUUCUGCUGCUAGAAGAAACCAUCAAGACAGGCUGGACUCAGGUUCAUUUAGCUUUGCUGCCAAUAUUGCCGCCAUGGCUGCAGCCAGGUCAAGACAGCAGGUACAACUAAGUGUGCAGACCUACCAAGACAGUGAUGAUUCUGAUGAUGGAGAUUGUAUCGUGGACGACUGAUACUCAAAUAGUAUAGACAAUAAAAAGAUAAUAGUGAACACAAAAUCAUGAUUCGCUGCUUCUUGAUAUCGAUAAAUUAUUUUAAGGAAUGUCUCAUUUUAAUAUUUCCAAUAACAAAAAGAGGAGAUAGCCAACUUUAUCCAAGAAAAAAACCAAAAGCAGUCUGGCAGAAAUGUCAAAAAAUAAACUAGUAAUAAUAAAGACCGUGUUUUAUUACAAAAUACCUCAAACUUCUUAUACUAUUCACAAAGUUCACAGUCCAUUCAAAAUUCUUCUUGGUCGUCUCACUUUGAUCACAUGAGGGUAUAGGGUGUUCAAUUCUUUUAUGAUAAUAUCUUUGGUACUGUUUCUCAUUUGCCUCAGCGAAACUUCUUUUGCUGCCGUUUUUUAAACUUAGCGAUUCAACAU